AGACACGGAAAUACAUAUACGUUGGCCAGGCUGCCUCCCUCCCCUCUUUCUCUUGCCAAAGUAUUGACUGAGGAUUUUACUUGUUCUGACCAGAUGGAUUGACGUUGAAUGUGGCUAAAACGCUGCUUGGAAACAGCAUACAUUGUUGAACUUGAAGCACAGUCAACGGGGGUGAGGUCACCGGAGAUUGAAUGAUGAGUUGGUGCCUCCAAACGCCCACUCUCUGGCAGAUGACUGACUAAUCGUUUUUGCGUCAACUUUUUCUCUCUUCCAACUCUUAUUAUGUGAUGAUGGUUUCAAAUAGCAUUUUUAUUUUUUAAUUUAGUUUUCUCCAUUGCUUGCUUCUUUUGUUUGUUCCUAUUCUUUUUUUCUCAGCAAAAUCCCCAUCAGCACUUCCAACUUCAAGAAGCAAACCCUUAUUCAAAUCCUUCAAAAGUUUGGAAUUUUAAUCAUUUCAUGGAAGUAAAAGAACUUAUGGGAAGAAUCUACUUCUCUCCUUUAAUACGAGAAGAGUUUUUCUGGGAAUCUUCAAACUAAAACUAGGGUUUGCCAAGGUAUCCUUCACAUUCACUUUGUUUCUCUUCCAAAUCACUAGGUGACUAUAUUAGUCAGAUGGCUGGGAGUUGGGACGGAAGUUAUGACCCUGGCAGCCAGUCAGAUGAGAGCUAUCAUUUCGAGAGACUGCACAUUGAGCCCAUUUAUGAUGCAUUUGUUUGCCCUUUGACAAAACAAGUUAUGCAUGACCCUGUGACGUUAGAAAAUGGGCAAACAUUUGAACGUGAAGCAAUUGAAAAGUGGUUCAAGGAAUGCAAGGAAAUUAGACGGAAGCUGGUUUGCCCAUUGACCCUAAAAGAACUAAAAAGCACAGAUCUAAAGUCUAGUAUAGCUUUGCGGAACACCAUUGAAGAGUGGACUACUAGGAAUGAAGCUGCCCAGCUUGAUAUUGCUCGUAGAUCAUUAAAUAUGGGCAGUUCAGAAAAUGAUGUUCUGUUGUCUUUGAAGUUCAUCCAACAUAUCUGCCAAAAAAAUCGAUCCAAUAAGCAUGUUGUAUGCAAUGCUGAUCUAAUACCUAUGAUUGUUGACAUGCUAAAAAGCAGCAGUCGAAAAGUUCGGUGCAAAUCUUUGGAGACACUCCGGGUAGUGGUCGAGGAAGAUGAGGAUAAUAAGGCAACAUUGGCUGAGGGAGACACUGUGCGUACAAUAGUUAAAUUCUUGUCCCAUGAGCAGUCCAAGGAGAGGGAGGAGGCUGUCUCUUUGCUGUAUGAACUUUCAAAAUCUGAGCCCUUGUGUGAGAAGAUUGGUUCAAUUAAUGGAGCAAUUCUUAUAUUAGUUGGAAUGACAAGCAGCAAAUCUGAGAAUGUUUUGACUGUUGAGAAAGCUGAUAAAAUUCUAGAAAAUCUGGAAAAGUGUGAGAACAAUGUCAGACAGAUGGCUGAAAAUGGUAGAUUGCAGCCUCUUUUGACCCAGAUUCUUGAAGGGCCGCCUGAAACAAAGCAUUCCAUGGCAGCAUAUCUUGGUGAGUUGGUUUUGAAUAACGAUGUAAAAGUCUAUGUUGCAAGAACUGUAGGUGCAUCUCUAAUCAAUAUCAUGCAAAGUGGUAGCAUGCAAUCAAGAGAAGCUGCUCUGAAGGCUCUUAACCAGAUUUCAUCUUAUGAGGCAAGCUCCAAGGUAUUGAUUGAGGCAGGAAUACUUCCCCCUCUUGUCAAGGACCUCUUUAUGGUUGGUAUCAAUCAGCUUCCCAUGCGACUGAAAGAGGUCUCUGCCACAAUUCUAGCCAAUGUUGUAAACUCAGGAUAUGAUGUAGACUCCAUUCCUAUUGGGCCGGACCACCAGACUCUUGUUUCUGAAGGCAAUGUCCAGAACUUACUUCAUCUAGUCAGCAACACUGGUCCACCAAUUGAGUGCAAACUUCUUCAAGUUCUUGUUGGACUCACUAGCUCUCCGAAAACAGUUCUGAAUGUUGUUGCUGCAAUUAAAAGCUCUGGGGCUACCAUCAGUUUGGUUCAGUUUAUUGAGGUUCCGCAGAAGGAUUUGCAUGUGGCAUCCAUAAAACUUCUCCAAAACCUCUGUCCUUACAUGGGUCAGGAAUUAGCAGAUGCACUACGUGGCACAGUUGGCCAGCUCAGCAGCCUAAUUAGAGUCAUAUCAGAAAAUACGGGAAUUUCUGAAGAACAGGCAGCAGCUGCUGGCCUCUUAGCUGAACUCCCAGAGAGGGAUUUGGGCGUCACAAGGCAAAUGCUAGAUGAAGGUGCUUUUCAAUUGAUCAUCUCUAGAGUUGUCAAGAUCAGGCAAGGAGAGAUUAAGGGCACCCGCUUUGUAACACCUUUCCUUGAAGGACUUGUUCAUGUGCUUGCAAGGGUUACUUAUGUCUUGUCAGACGAGCCUGAUGCUGUUGCCCUUUGCCGUGAGCAUGGCCUUGCUGUGUUAUUUAUUGAAUUGCUUCAGGCCAAUGGUCUUGACAAUGUGCAAAUGGUUUCUGCCACAGCUUUGGAGAACUUAUCUUUAGAAUCCAAAAAUUUGACGAGAUUGCCAGAGUUGCCAGCACCUGGAGUUUGUGCUGCUAUCUUUCCAUGUUUCAGCAAACAGGUUGUCAUAACAGGAUUGUGCCGUGUCCACCGGGGAACAUGUUCUCUUAGAGAGAGCUUUUGUCUUUUGGAAGGACAAGCCGUACAUAAAUUGGUUGCUCUCUUAGACCAUACAAAUGAGAAGGUGGUUGAAGCAGCACUUGCUGCACUUUCUACUUUGUUGGAUGAUGGAGUUGAUAUUGAGCAAGGAGUGACCGUUCUGUGUGAGGCAGAGGGAAUUAAGCCAAUACUUGACGUGUUACUUGAGAAACAAACAGAGAAGUUGAGGAGAAGAGCAGUUUGGGUAGUUGAGAGACUUUUAAGGACUGAUGAUAUAGCCUAUGAAGUUUCUGGAGAUCAAAAUGUGAGCAGUGCCCUUGUUGAUGCCUUCCACCAUGCUGACUACAGAACCCGGCAGAUUGCAGGGCGUGCCCUGAAGCACGUUGAUAAGAUCCCAAACUUCUCUGGCAUUUUUCCAAACAUGGGAUAGAAUUUUCUUGCAUUGCUCAUGCCUUUUUCAUAAUUGGGUGAGUAUAGCAACCUGUAUGUAGUGUAUCCUUUGGCAAAAGCUGUUUCAGUCCCAUACAUGGAGGCAGGCAUUCAAGCUGCAAGUAGAUAUUGCUGUAAACGGGUUUCCCACUUGUAUAGGGUUUCAAGAAAAUGUUUCAUUUGUUCUUAACGAUGUUAUUUUCAUUGAUCUUCAUUUCUUUAUACGAACUAGUAUUGUUUUGGCAUUGAGUGGUAUGAUAGGCCUUUAGUUCUUUUAAUGCCUUUAGAGUUCCAGGCGUUUAUCAUCUGAAGUUGUUUGCUUCAAGGUGGUGGAUCAUUAGUAAUUAGUAAUGGGCUACAGCAUGUAAGACCGUUUUCAUUUCACAACUUUAAACGCAAAUAUGGGGGAAAGGUCGUGACUCGUUUACUAGUUGCGGGUGCUCACUGCCGCAGUGAAUGCUAAUUCAUGGCAAAGAUUCCUUCUCCAGGUUUCACUAUAGCGGGGAUUCCUCUGUCUAUGAUGUGUUCUCAGAUUCACGACAGUCCAACGCUGGAAUUAUAUACUUAAUCGAAUCUAUUCCAAAAAAAAAAAGUUAAAACUGAAAAAGGAUGCAUAUUUCAUUUCUUUUUCUCGCAGACGGACAAUGCUUCCAAUAAAAGCUUUUAGAUAUUCAUA